CAGGCCCGGAAGUGCGCACGCGCUGGCAAGAUGGCCGGUGGGGUGCGCCCGCUGCGGGGCCUCAGCGCCCUGUGUCGCGUGCUGCUCUUCCUCUCGCAGUUCUGCAUUCUAUCGGGCGGUGAGCAAUCGCAGGCGCUGGCUCAGUCAAUAAAGGAUCCGGGCCCAACACGCACAUUCACAGUAGUUCCCAGGGCAGCAGAAAGUACUGAAAUCCCACCUUAUGUGAUGAAGUGUCCAAGCAAUGGUUUGUGUAGCAGACUUCCUGCAGACUGUAUAGACUGCACAACAAAUUUCUCCUGUAUCUAUGGGAAGCCUGUCACUUUUGACUGUGCAGUGAAACCAUCUGUUACCUGUGUUGAUCAAGACUUCAAAUCCCAAAAGAACUUCAUCAUUAACAUGACUUGCAGAUUUUGCUGGCAGCUUCCUGAAACAGAUUACGAGUGUACCAAUUCCACCAGCUGCAUGACGGUGUCCUGUCCUCGGCAGCGCUACCCUGCCAACUGCACGGUGCGGGACCAUGUCCACUGCUUGGGUAACCGUACUUUUCCCAAAAUGCUAUAUUGCAAUUGGACUGGAGGCUAUAAGUGGUCUACUGCUCUGGCUCUAAGAUCCUACCACAUGUGUUGGAUUCUAGGAAACUGCUGGAAGAGUUUAGGUGAUCAGACCAGUAGCCCCGUGGAGCUGACUGGCAGGCAUGUUAGCUUUUCUCCCAAGGUACCUGCACAUUGAGUUUCCCGUUCUUAAUGUACCAUGAAUCAGUAAAAUGCUGGGGACUAUCUAAAAUAGGCAGUUUUAUGAUGUGUAUCUUUAAUUUCAAAUAACUUAUUAUAGAAAGUAAUACAUGCUGAACACUGAAAACUGGAAAAAUGAAAAUGACAAAAACAUUAAAAAUUACCACCAUCUGAGAUAAUUAUAGGCUUAUAUUGCUUACAUAGAAAUGUGUUGUUUGUUAAACUUCUUAACAGUACUUUAAGAAAUUGUAGCAAUUCUUCCCACCAAAGGGAAGAGCAGGUGAGACCCUGGUUAACUGAUUAGUGAAAAGGUUAUGCUGCCUACAGUUGAAGUUUUGAGUUCGUGCCUGAGACCCUGAGGCCUGCAGCAUCACAGCCAUAGAGCAGGAUUUCUCAGCCUCAUCACUGCUGACAUUUUGGGCUGAAUGAUUUUUUGUCUUGGGGCUGUCCUGUGCAUAGUAGGAUGUUUAGCAGCAUCACUGGCCUCUACCUACUACUUGUCAGUAGCAAACCCCCCAUCCCCUGCAGUUGUGCCAGUGUGUCUCCAGAUGUUGCCACGUGUCCCCUAGGGGACAAAAUUGCCCCUUGCUGAGAAGCACUGCAUUAGAAUUUGGGCUGAGGAAAGAAGAAUCUUGCCUGGCAGGAAACGCAUAACUGAAAAGUAAAAGAGGACACCAGGGUAGAAAAUGAGAUUCACAAAAAUAAGAUAGGCCGGGUGCAAUGACUCACACCUGUAAUCCCAGCACUUUGGGAGGCCGAGGCGGGCAGAUUGCUUGAGGUCAGG